CAUUGGGCGUUAAUUGGUCAGGGAGUACAGGUCCAGCGCGGCGGUGGUGGUGGUGUGUUGCGGGGAGCAGAACGUGUCGGAAUGGCCUCGAAUGAUGAGCUUGAUCGGGCGAUCGUGCAGUGGCUGCAGUGGGACAAGAAUCCUAAAACAUUAGCAGAAGUUAGACAGCAGAACUGUGAUGGGAACAUUGAACAGCUUAAAAAAUAUUUUGGGUCCAGGAUGCUCUUUGGAACAGCAGGGUUACGAUCAGUCAUGGGACCAGGAUUUUCUUGCAUGAAUGACCUGACCAUUAUUCAGACUACCCAGGGUUUGUGUCGAUAUCUGGAAAAUCAUUUCCAAUGUAAAGACAGAGGUGUAGUGAUUGGGUUUGAUGCACGUGCUCAUCCUCCCAGUGGAAGCAGUAGUCAAAGAUUUGCCCGAUUUGCUGCCACUGUUCUGAUUAGCCAAGGUAUUCCUGUGUAUCUUUUCUCUCAGAUUACUCCAACACCACUUGUGCCUUUUACUGUAUCCCAGUUGAAGCUGUGUGCUGGAAUAAUGGUAACAGCAUCUCACAACCCCAAGCAGGAUAAUGGUUAUAAGGUUUACCGGGAAAAUGGAGCUCAGAUUGUUGCACCUUAUGAUGAAGAAAUCGCAAAGGCCAUUGAGGAAAAUUUAGAGCCUUGGCCAGAGUCAUGGAAUGACACGCUUAUUGACAGUAGUUCCCUCCUUAAAGAUCCUUAUGAAAAUAUGAAAAAUAAAUAUCUUGAAUGUUUACGGAAACAUUGCUUUUACAGGGAUAUAAAUAAAAGCACCAAACUUAAAUUUGUGCACACGUCUGUGCAUGGAGUUGGACAUGAAUUUGUACAAGCAGCUUUCACAGCUUUCGACUUGGCUCCUCCUCUUGCAGUUCCAGAGCAGAAAGAUCCUGAUCCAGAGUUUCCAACUGUCAAGUAUCCAAAUCCAGAAGAAGGCAAAGAUGUAUUGACAUUAUCGUUUGCCCUUGCUGACAAAGAAGGAGCCACAAUCAUUUUGGCAAAUGACCCUGAUGCUGAUCGCCUUGCUGUGGCUGAGAAGCAAGAAGGUGGAGAAUGGAAAGUAUUUUCAGGGAACGAAUUGGGUGCCUUGUUGGGUUGGUGGAUUUUUACUUGCUGGAAGAAGCAAAAUCCAGAAUCCUCUGGUCUGAAAAAUGUAUAUAUGUUAUCAAGUACAGUCUCUUCAAAAAUUCUCCAGGCAAUUGCACUAAAAGAAGGAUUUCAUUUUGAGGAAACCUUAACUGGCUUUAAAUGGAUGGGAAACAAAGCUAAAGAACUUGUAGACAAGGGCAAUGAGGUGCUUUUUGCAUUUGAAGAAGCAAUUGGUUAUAUGUGUACUGAAUUUGUCCUAGAUAAAGAUGGUGUUAGUGCUGCAGCUAUUGUUGCAGAAAUGGCCAGCUUUUUGGCUUGCAAGAAUAUCACACUGUCCCAUCAGCUCAAAGCAAUUUAUGAAGAAUAUGGUUAUCAUAUUUCAAAGGCUUCAUACUUCAUCUGCCAUGACUCUAAGAGUAUUCAAGGGAUGUUCGAAAAUUUACGAAAUUAUAAUAGAAAAAACGAGUACCCCAAGACGUGUGGGAAAUUUGAAAUUUCUGACAUUCGGGAUUUAACCACUGGCUAUGACAGCAGCCAGCCAGACAAAAAGGCUGUGCUUCCAACCAGUAAAAGCAGCCAAAUGAUUACCUUCACAUUCAAGAAUGGAUGUGUAGCUACCCUGAGAACUAGUGGGACAGAGCCUAAAAUUAAAUAUUAUUCAGAAUUGUGUGCACCACCUGGAAAUUGUGACCCAGUAAAGUUGAAGGAGGAGCUCAAUGACUUGGUCAAUGCAUUGGUGGAACAUUUUUUCCAGCCAGAGAAAAACGGCUUUACAUCUCAAUCCAACUGAAAUGAUCUCUAAAAGAUAUGCUUGUCAAUGUCAGUCUUAACAACACAGUGUUAACUGAGUCUACGUUAUUGAAGUUCAAAUAGUUUGCUGUUUUAAAAUGUGCUCUGUUGCUUGCAUCCUGAGGCAGAAUAAAUAUUUUCCUUUUUGUACCUUCUACAGUACUCUUCAUUUACCAGAGAUGUGUAAGGGCUGAUCUCCCUCUGCAGCUGGGUGUUUUAUAUAUUUAUCUUCUUAAAAUAGCAAGAAAGUGGGUUCAAAAUAGUCAUACAUAUCGUACAAAGGUACGAUAAUGUGCAUUUGUUGAUGAUUUCAAAGGAAGAAGGACUGCAAAAUUCUCCAUUAAUUUAAUAGGGACUGGCUUUUCAAUAGCUGAGAGCUUAUGUGCAGCUCUCAACCUUGGAGAUGUGAGAGGGAGAGAAAAAACUACCAGUUAGCAGUAUAAUCACAUCUCAGAUGUGAACAGCUUCUAAUUAGCUUCCUGAUUAGUUGCCCUAUCAAUUGAUUUGGGACACAAUUAUCUCUUUUGGGUAGCAAAAGAAUUGAAUUUUUUGAUGGCUGUUUUGUACAUGUAUAAUCCGAUUAGAUUUGUUGGGAGUAUUUUGAACAGCAUAUUUUCUUAUGAUUUUUUUUGUUGUUUAAAACAAUGUGUUUGGCUUGACCAACUCUUUCAUAUUUUAACUUUUGCAGAUUUUACUUUUUACAUGUGCUUUGUUUCCACAAGUCAAUAAUUCAGUGUAUUAUUGAUUUCAGGCAGAUAUGAAACAUUGCCAAAUAUUAUGGGACCUAUUAUUUUUGCCCCUUUAUUGGACUCUUGUAAUGUGAAGUUACCUACUCAAAGCUUUAUUUGCCUAAUGCAUUUUAUGUUAUUCUAGGUUCUAUGGAUUAAUUUGAUUGUAUUUUGUAGGAAUAUAUAAUAGAAACAUCUUAAUAUUGUGGAAACAGUGUUGCAAGCCUUCUUACACUAAUGGAGAAACUGGGACCAUUUAUUCUAUUACUGAAAACAUUCCCAUUGUUGGGUAAUCUAUUGAGUUUGUGCAUUGGGCCUGUGCAGCUAAAAGAAGCAUUUGCUGUAUAUUAUUUUGAAAAGAUAAUUUAAAAAGGUGAGUGAUAUUGGUCUGUCAAAUGUCAGAAACUGGGAAAAGGAUUCCAAAAAAGAUGAGGCAACUAUAAGCUUUCAACAAUAACUUUUGAAAUGUCAAGGAGCAAUUAAAUGGUUUAAAUGUUGUAAUACAAUUUGAAAUGUAGGUUACUAUUGUGAUUUAUAAAGUUACCUACACAAAGAUUUCAAUGCACUAAUUAAAUACCUUAAGAGUUGAUUUAAGUGCAGUAUGUAUUUGACUGUAGCUUCAUCUAAUGGAUUAAUACACAUUGUUCAAAAUGUGACGAGGAACUCCAUUGACUACAAUUCAAAAUGCUUAAUGGUAUACUGUAUUUGAGAAAACUAUUCUUUGCCUGAAUUACUGAAACACCAUUUGCCUUGUGCGGUCCUUGUAUCACCUUGUAGUUGAGUUUCACUCCCUAGUACCCUGCAUAUCAUGAUGGUUACUGUUUUUUAACAAUUCACAUUGGGUGCUUUUUCUUACAAGUUGCUGCUUCAAUUCUGCACUUAAAGUUACAAAAUCAUUCUGCCAUGUCUUCUGUUGAACAAAAUAGAAAAUUCUUAUACAUUUACUCUAACUAUAUAUUUUAUUUUGCAUACUAAUGUUUAUGUUCAAUGUAUGUUAUUUUCCAGAUAGUCUUUAUCUUUGAAGACAUUGGAAAUAAUGAUUCUUAUCAAAUCACCUGUGAUUUUUAGUAUUACUUAUCCAACAACCUGUAGUAAAACUAACUGGACAUAUACAAUAGAAAUGUUAAUAAAUUAUCUGCAGUUUAAAAAAGGGCAAUAUUUACACACAACAUCCAGGGAAAUGUGAGGGUAUCAUCAUGGUAAGAAGUUCUGAUACACUGGAAUCUUUGGCUUUGAUUGUAGUAUGUAAUGUAUGUUACAACUUUAAAGUUGGAUAUUGCAGGACGUUCUUCCAAAAUGUCAUAUCUGCAGUGAGUAUUAAAAGAUGCAAAAGUUA